CACUUCUUCGUCCCCAGGUUACUCAGAGAAAGCGAGCGAGCGAGCGAAGCAUAAAUCAGAUUGAAAAUGCAGAGUUUGAAGCGAUUGAUACCCCAGGCUUCAUCAAGCCGGGCUGCGAUUCUUUGUGAUCAGAUUUUGAGGCACCAUGAGAAUAUCUUUCAUCUUCCUUCACUGCAUUUAGCUCAAAGGUCCUCCAUUCGCUUUCUCGACAUUUACCAGCUGGGAAACAAGGCGGCUAUCGAGAAAGAGCGUGCUCGUCUUGCCGAUGAGAUGAACAGGGGAUACUUUGCCGAUAUUUCGGAGCUCAAGAAACAUGGUGGGAAGAUUUCUAUGGCAAAUAAAAUUAUAAUUCCUGCAAUGGCAGCCGUGAAGUUUCCUGACAUAGAAGUGAACUACUCUGGUAAUAAAACAUGGAAGCUGCCUAUCACUUUCAAUAGAGAUAUUGUUGAUGCUGAAAAAGCAGCUAUUCCAAAGGCAACAUUGCUAUGUCUUUCAUUCGGUGCAAACUCCCAGGCAAUGAUUGAUUCUUGGAGUGGGCCUUUUCUAGGUGCUUACAGUGAUUCAAAAGAUGUUCAGCUAUACGAGGUGUCCUUCAUAGACUCGUGGUUCUUAUGCCGGAACCCUAUUAAGCAGCUGCUUCUUCGGAUAAUGAAAAAAUCUAAUUAUGAAGGGAAGGAUACACUUCAGAAGCAGAUUGUAUAUUCAUUUGGUGACCAUUAUUACUUCCGAAAAGAAUUAAAAAUUCUGAACCUUCUCGCUGGGUAUAUUUUUCUGCUGGACAAAUUUGGUAGAAUAAGAUGGCAAGGCUUUGGUGUGGCAACAGAAGAGGAGCUGUCAUCCCUUCUUUCUUGCACAUCACUUCUUUUGGAAGAAAAAUGAGGUGGCCAGAGCAUUUUCUUAAGGUACUUUUAGAAUAAGCAGGAAGAGAGUUUCACUGAUAUUGUUAGGCCUCAACUUCAAUGGAUCAGAAAUACCCUAAUAUGAUGGAGAUGUUGAUAUCUUUAGGCAUGUUUCGUUUUUUAAUUUCUUUUUGCCCAAAAAGGUAAGCUAGUCUUUCCUUUCUCCC